AAGGCCCUCACCUGGGAUAGCAAGCAUGACACCAUCGCUGAACGAAUCAACAAAGCCUUAUGGACCAAAGAAGGCAAGCAACUCUGCACAGCGUGGCAGCGGGAUGAAGGAUGUGAAAGCAACAAGCACGACUCCCACCACGUUUGCUCAGGGUGCGGCGCUGUCACCCAUGGUGCCCAGCACUGCCCUAGAGCGCAGAAAAUCUAG